CAUAGAGAAUUUCAAUUCGUUAGCUUCAACACUGCAAUAUAUAGUUAUACACUGUUCUUUCUGAGACUCACUCACCAUUCUUUGUCUCACUACAACACAGGUGUCAAUUUCACCCUCAGAAAAUGAAGAAUUUCUUGGUUUCUUUGUACUACUUGUUUCCUGCAAUCAUUGCAAUCAUUCUUGUGCUGCUCACUCCAAUUCCAAGUGCACAGCUAACGACAAGUGAGAACAGAAUCCUUCUCCAAGUUCAGAAGCUUCUUGAAUACCCUCAAGCUCUUCAUGGAUGGACCAACUUGACCAAUUUCUGCUCCCUCCCUUCCUCUCCUUCUCUCAAUAUUGUGUGCUCCAAUGGCCAUGUAACCGAGUUAACUGUCGUUGGAAAUUCAUCUGAGACUCUCUCAGAAAGAUUCUCCAUUGAGUCUUUCUUUACUGUCUUGACAAAGCUCUCAAAUCUGAAGGUGUUGUCAUUGGUGUCACUUGGUUUGUGGGGUCCCUUGCCCUCCAAGAUUGACAGGUUCUGGUCUCUUGAAGUGAUGAACUUUAGCUCAAACUUCAUUUAUGGGGAAAUCACACCUUCAGUGUCCUCUUUGAAGAAUCUAAAAAGUCUUGUUUUGGCUGAUAAUCUUUUCAAUGGAAGUGUGCCUGAUCUUGGAAAACUAGCUUCUCUUGAAGAGCUCAAUUUGAGUGGCAACAAAUUAGGCCCUGAGUUCCCUUCAUUGAGCAAGAAUCUUGUGAGGGUUAUCUUGAGAAACAACUCUUUGAGAUGUAGAAUCCCUCCUCAACUCAUGCAUGUUUAUAAACUUGAGCUGUUUGACAUCUCUUCCAAUGUGAUAUUUGGAAAUAUCCCGUCAUUUAUUUUCUCUCUUCCUUCCCUCAAGUACCUAAAGUUGGCUUCAAACCAAUUAAGUGGUUCCCUUUCUUUGAAUGUGUCAUGUAGUUCUUCUCUGACUUUUGUUGAUAUCUCACACAACCUCUUGGUGGGAACAUUGCCAUCUUGCGUUGGUUCAAAGGCUUCAAACCGAACAACACUUUAUUAUGGGAAUUGUUUGAUAAACAGAAGCUUAAGUGAUCAAUAUCCAUCUUCUUAUUGCCAGAAAGUGGAGGCCUUAGCUGUUAUUAAGCCAUCAAUUAAAAGCCAGAAGAAGGAACCAGAGAUGCAACUAGGCCAAAUUCUUGGUAUUGUUGGAGGUGUUGUGGGAAUUUCCGGGCUUCUGGCUCUUCUCAUUUGGUGCAUCUUCAGAAAGUCCAAACCAGAAAAAGCAGACAGUGAUUAUAGCAUAGACAUCUCUGCUCCAGAUAAUUUCUCUGUCCGUGCUUAUCCAAGACCAAAUAUUAAUGCAAGACGUCCUCCUCUACCAAUGAGGCAACCUUUUCUUGGAUUCCCACCAUACUGCAUUUUCUCAUUAGAAGAAAUUGAAGAUGCUACAAACAACUUUGACCCAUCAAAUCUUAUAGCAGAAGGAUCACAGGGACAGCUAUAUAAAGGUUGGCACAUAGAUGGUUCAAUGGUCAUGGUCAAUUGCGUGAAACUAAAGCAGAAAAGUUUAUACAAAAACAGUAUUCAGAGCUUGAAGGUAUUGCCCUAUUUAAGGCACAGGAAUUUGGUGAGUGUUCUAGGACACUGUAUCAUUACUCAUCAGGACCGUCCCCAAAUGAUAAGCACAGUAUUCAUUGUAUUUGAACAUGUCUCAAACGUGUCAUUGAGGGAUUACCUUGCAGAUAGGAGAAAAAGGGAAAUGCUGAAAUGGCCACAAAGAAUGGAAAUCAGCAUAGGCAUUGGAAGAGGAAUCCAGUUCUUACACACCAGAGUUCAUCCUGGCAUAUUUGGCAACAAUAUAAAGAUUGAGAAUAUUCUGUUGGAUGAUUGUCUCAACGGAAAAGUUAGUGGAUACAGCAUUCCAUGGCCGUCCAAGAAAGGUCAUAACAGCAAACUUUGUGAACAAAGAUCCACUAAUCAAAUUGGAAGCAUUGAUGAUGCAGAAAAGGAAGACAUCUAUCAGUUUGGUGUUAUUCUACUUCAAGUUAUCACUGGCAAACUAAUUACAUCUUCCAGUGAAGUAGAGGAGGUGAAGGAUGAGCUGGAGAGAGGUUUAGCAGAAGCUGCAUCACCAUCUCUGAGGGGUGCAUCACCAUCACUAAAGGGUACAUCACCGAUACUAAAGGGCGUGUUCGAUUCUUCCCUCCGGGAGACUUGUGUGUAUGAAUCAUUGAAGACUGCAGUUCAGAUCACCAUCAGUUGUCUCAGCAAGGUUUCAAGUAAUCGCCCUUCAAUAGAGGAUGUUCUCUGGAAUUUGCAGUACUCCAUGCAAGUUCAAGAGCCAAGGACCAGCGGUGUACACCUCUUUUCAAAAAUGUAAACUUGCUGUAACAAAAUGGUUUGCUCACAGUUCAUAAGUAUUUAAUCAUAAAGAAUAAGGGCUAGUUUGAUUCA